GUCGACCAAAAAAAAAAAAAAAAAGAAGAAGAGAAAAGGAAGCACAAUAGAUAAGUAACAAACAUACCUGAAUGAAGACUGGCAAUGGCGGGAAUUGGAUGCCUCCCGCAACCCCAUCAAAUGCUGCUACUUCCCAAACAAAGAAACCAUGGUGUCCUCCAAUGCUGCUCCAAUAAUCCCAAUAGCAGGAAGGAAAGAACCCAGACCCCAAAAUUCUUGAAACUUGCUGUUACCGGAGUUACUGAACUUCUAAGACUCCUCUCCCAGUCUGACAAAAACAGAUCGGACACAAUAAACAGUCAGAUUGAUGAAAAUUUGGUUUCUAAUAUAGAUGACAUUCUAAUGAUUAUCAAGUCUGACUAUGAGAAAGCAUACUUUGUAACAGGACACUUUACCUCAGCAAUUUAUGCAGAUGAAUGCACUUUUGAAGAUCCAACUAUUAAAUUUCAAGGAAGGGAUUUGUAUUCACGCAACUUGAAACUGCUGGUACCUUUCUUUGACAAUCCAUCCAUAUUCUUAAAAGAGAUUAAGAAGGGCAUCAAUCCAAAAGCCAAAUAUAUAAUUGCAUCGUGGAAAUUAAGAACCCAUCUCAUACUUCUGUGGAGGCCUCUCAUUCUGAUUGAUGGAACCACAACCUAUGAUAUUGACGAUCAGUUAAGAGUUAUUAGGCAUGUUGAGAGUUGGAAGAUAUCUGCACUUGAAGCAAUAGGUCAGAUAUUUACUCCAGGCUUUCUGAGGUCAGAUAAAUGAAUCACUUAUUCUCUGGCGAAUUUAACAGUCUGUUCUACAUGCAUGCUAUUCAACAUGGACCAAGACAGAUUGUCCAAAUCAGCUUUAGAAAACAGACUUUGCUCUGCUUACAUCAUUGGGGUAUUAGACCCAAGUUGAUCUAUAACUAGUCUCCCUCUUGUUCUGGGGAUGAGAAAUCGCUCUGUGCUCUUUUCAGAGCUAAAAGCAUCAAAUGCUCGAUACUGCAAGGAUAUACAAGCAUUACAUGAAUGGCCUCACACGCGUUAGUUCUAUGUGACAGUUUCCUGAAUGAUAUUCUGAAACUGCAUGCAGGAGAUGACAAAGAACACCCCUUGUAUCUUACCCUUAAAAACUUAAUUUGCUUAGUUGGCUUUUUGCCUUCAUAAGGAAUGAUUAAGAUCCCUAGUUUUCUUAAAGACUUCAGAAAUAUGAUUCUACUUCUAUGCACAAAUAUUUGAGAAUCAGAUUCACGGUCCACUUGGUCUAAAGUAUGUAAACAGUUGUUGCUACUCGUAGCUCUGACAUUAUAAACUCUGUAGGAUGCUGUUUAUUAUGAUUUUUAUUGUUAUAUUGAUGUGAUUGGUGAUCUUCUGAAGUAA